AUGAAGCCGGAGCCCGGUGUGCCAGAGGCUCCGGAUCAACAAGUCCUCUCAUACCCCCCGCAUGCUCCCUUGAACUCGAUGCCUAGCAUGGUUCCAGACAUGCGAUAUUCCCAAGGACAGCCAAACAGUGGUAUGCCGCUCUUGCAGAAUGCCUACGUUCCUGGCGUUUAUACCACGAAUGCUCAGAUUCCCAAUGGUGCCACUCCGCAGAGGGCGGACCCUCCACCCAAGACUUUCCACUGCUCGACGUGUGGCAAGGGGUUUGCGCGUCGCAGUGACCUCGCCAGACAUGAGCGAAUCCAUACGGGCAUCCGACCACAUGCUUGCGAUUGGCCUGGCUGCGGGAAACAAUUCAUUCAGCGCUCUGCCUUGACUGUGCACUCCCGCGUUCAUACUGGAGAAAAACCGCACAUGUGUGAGAGAUGUGGCAAGCCUUUCAGCGACUCGUCAUCCUUGGCUAGACACCGCCGGAUACAUUCCGGCAAGCGGCCGUACAAGUGCCCCUAUGCGAACUGCCAGAAGACGUUCACUCGCCGCACCACCUUGACCCGCCAUCAGAACCAUCACACUGGAACCAUCGAGGAGGCCGCUGCCGAAACGGAAGCGAAUUUGCGACAGAACAAGGAACGGGCGAGGGUUCCUGGUGACGGAGCUUUCUCUGAACAUGCCUCAGUUCACUCUACACCUUCCCCUGCACACCAUCCUGCAGCCAAUCCACCGCCCGGUGAUCUUCCUCCCUUGAAUAUGCCUCGCUCUACUGGUGAUUACUACAUGGGAAAUGGAUCUAUCCCCCCCCAUGUCCGUGGGGACUUCUCACAAGCUAGCCCCCGCGCCUCCCCCACUGCCACGUCGCCGUCUCUUUCGAGCUUCAGCAAUGCGCCACAUCCUCGACCAUCCAUGACAUCUCAUCCCUCUGGUUAUGCGCCGCCACAACCGCUGGAGCCGCCUGCUAAUAGCGACCAUCGACCAAAUAGCGUGAGCGGAAGUCCGCACAUGACUAGCUUGGGUUGGGCUUCACCUUCCCACGGUAGCAUUCCGUCUCCCGGAUCGGUGAACGAUUUCAAUUAUCCCGAGCCAAGUGGACCGGCUUAUCCCAAUUCCAUGCCACCACAUAUGUAUUUCCCGAAUUCGACGAUUAGACGGCCUGGAAGUACCGAGCCGGAAAAUUAUGAGAUGAAGCCCAGACUGGGUGACAAUGGUUGGUCUACUCCAGUCUAA